AUGAUUGUUUUAAAAGGUCCCAUCAAGAUCCUGAACUUUGAGAGUCACUACAACCGUCUACAGGCCGACUCCCACUACCUGCUGUCAGAGGAGACGUCGGUCGUCAUCAGCUGCUGGACUCGGCUCUGCUGCCGGAGAACCGAGGAAAGAACCGCUACAACAACAUCCUGCCCUGGGAAUACCUUCCGGCGGGAAUACAUCGCCACUCAGGGUCCUCUGCCGGGAACCAAAGACGACUUCUGGAAGCUGGUCUGGGAGCAGAACGUCCACAACAUGGUGAUGGUCACUCAGUGUGUGGAGAAGGGCAGGGUGAAGUGUGACCACUACUGGCCCUUGGACCAGGACCCCCUGUACUACGGAGACCUGAUCGUCCAGAUGGUGUCGGAGUCCGUCCUCCCUGAGUGGACCAUCCGGGAGUUCUCCAUCUGCAGCGAGGAGCAGCUGAGCUUCCCCCGGCUGGUCCGUCAGUUCCACUACACCGUGUGGCCGGACCACGGCGUCCCAGAGACCACGGAGUCCCUCAUCCAGCUGGUCCGGACUGUGCGGGACUACGUCAACAGAAGUCCUGGAUCUGGACCCACCGUGGUCCACUGCAGUGCCGGAGUGGGUCGGACCGGGACCUUUAUCGUUCUGGACCGGGUUCUGCAGCAGCUGGACUCCAAGGACACGCUGGACAUCUACGGCUCCGUGUUCGACCUGCGACUCCACAGGUCACACAUGGUGCAGACGGAGUGUCAGUACUCGUACCUCCAUCAGUGUGUUUGUGACGUCCUCAAAGCCAGAAAGCUCCAGAGGGAGCAGGAACACCUGGUCUACGCCAACUACAGCCUGCCAAGAGAGACCCUGUGCAGACGUUGACAAUUCUAUAGACGACUGAAAAUGUUUGAUUGCUGAUCGAUAUGUUUGAUUGCUGACCGAUAUGUUUGACUACUGAUCGAUAUGUUUGACUACUGAUUGAUAUGUUUGACGACUGAUCGAUAUGUUUCAUUACUGAUCAAUAUGUUUGACUACUGAUCAAUAUGUUUGACUACUGAUCGAUAUGUUUGACUACUGAUCAAUAUGUUUGACUACUGAUCGAUAUGUUUGACGACUGAUCGAUAUGUUUCAUUACUGAUCAAUAUGUUUGACUACUGAUCGAUAUGUUUGACGACUGAUCGAUAUGUUUCAUUACUGAUCAAUAUGUUUGACUACUGAUCGAUAUGUUUGACUACUGAUCAAUAUGUUUGACUACUGAUCGAUAUGUUUGACUACUGAUCGAUAUGUUUGACUACUGAUCGAUAUGUUUCAUUACUGAUCAAUAUGUUUGACUACUGAUCGAUAUGUUUGACUACUGAUCGAUAUGUUUGACGACUGAUCGAUAUGUUUCAUUACUGAUCAAUAUGUUUGACUACUGAUCGAUAUGUUUGACUACUGAUCGAUAUGUUUGACUACUGAUCAAUAUGUUUGACUACUGAUCGAUAUGUUUGACUACUGAUCGAUAUGUUUGACUACUGAUCGAUAUGUUUGACGACUGAUCGAUAUGUUUGACUACUGAUCGAUAUGUGUAUCUCCUUCAUGUAAACAGCUGCAUCGUGUUCAUGAUCUCGAUGUUUCUGUGAAGACACGUGAUUAUUAAUUAUUAAUUAAUUAUUGAUCUCCUUUGAAGACACUUUCUUUAUUAUGAACGCUUUCUGUUCGUUAUGUAGUUAUUCUAUUCAGAGUUAUAGUCAUGUAUAUAUUAUAGUUAUAUGAAUGUAUAUAUUAUGGUUAUAUUAAUGUAUAUAUUAUAGUUAUAGUCAUGUAUAUAUUAUAGUUAUAUUAAUGUA